UUAUGCGCGUUGCAUGAACAUUGCGCGCUCGGCUGCCUUCGAAAGCGCACGUCGAAUUGUACCGCUAUGCAAGAAAAGUAAAUCCGUAUACAUAAACUCGCGUCCGCCGCGGUUAUUAAUCAACCACGUUAACCAUAAGAGAUAUUACGAAAUUCGUCAAUCCUUUUCUGAGACCUUCAAUCUACUUCAAUGCCGACUGAAGCCUUUUCGAUUGUGACACGGUUGAGUUAAACAUGCGUUUACAUAUGUUUUGGUGAUUGAAUUUGUAUAUAACGAUUGUUUAAGUAUUAAAAAUGUCUGGAAGAAAGGUUUUUAGUUUAUUUGCAACUGUCCUGCUGUCUGUACUCGUGAUAACUGGAGGUUCUGAAGAUGGCAGCCGGGUGAAGCGGGUGCGAGCUGACAGUGGCCCUGUCUCCCGGGAACCUGCACAGGCAUUAGAUGCACCAGACCCGGAGCCCGGGGCCGCCCCUGCACCGCCGGCAUUCCUCAGCCCUUCUGUGAAGGAGUAUCUUGAACUUGGAAUGGCAAUACCUGGAAAACCAGGAACUGAUUACCCAGUACUAGGAGCUGUGCCAUACACCAACUUCUACUGCGACGAUCAACCUUACCCGGGUUUCUUCGCGGACAUGGAGACUCGUUGCCAAGCAUGGCACUACUGCGACAUCGACGGCCGUCAAGCAUCGUUCCUGUGCCCCAACGGCACGGUGUUCUCGCAGGCCGUGGCGUCGUGCGACUGGUGGUUCAACGUGCGAUGCGCACUGUCGCCCGCACUAUACCGCCUCAAUGCUCGCCUCUACCGUAGGAGGAAGACCACCAAGCCUAAACCUCAUCGCCUCAUAGAUAAAAAGCUUUUGUCGGAAAUAUUCUUGUAAAUAGUGUAGAUAGUUUUUUUUUUAUGUUUUGCCAGUUGUUUUUAUUUUUUUUAAGUGUUCUAAAUUCAAAUGUAAGCUUCAACUGUUUCUUUGUUUUUAAUGAUUAUUAUAGUCUGGUAAGCUCGUUAAGGACACUAUCACGAUCCACGUGAGGAGCGGAGGUGAUUAUAGGGACGCGGGACCUACCUACGUCCCGCUCCCCUCAUAGACCAUGGGAGUAUCACUAACGAGUUCGCCAGGCUGUAGUGUAAAUUGAAGUAUUGUAAUAGAGAUUGAAUUAUUUGGAAUCAAUUACAUGAGAUCCCCUUUAAACUUGAUAGAGACCUGACCAAAUGUGGGAAUCCUCAGUGAGAACUUGUAUACCUACAGUGCUGCAGAAAUCUGGCAACUCAUAUUUUCGUCGAUAUUAGGAUAGUACUUAAGAGUGUGUAGUUUUAAGUAUAGUGCAGAAUAAAAUAAAAUAUACAUUAAAAAUGUAUUAUGUACUUAUUAUUGUAUCAUAUAAAGUGAUAUUUCAUCGACUUGGAACUAUUAAAGAAUAUGCUCAAGCAUAUCCUCUUAAUGUCCUCGUCGAUAUCUUAAAAUUUUAAAUCAUAUUUUGGAAUCCAUAAUCCAGAAAUAAUUUUGGCACACUAUUAAAGAGUUUCAGAUGUUUCAUUACA